GGGUUUUAUUUGUAUGUGUUCUUUGUGUUUCUUGUUCAAUGUGUUUUUUUAUUUUCUACCAUGCAAUGCUAUCAUUACUUCUUAAAUAAUUUCCUACGACCAUUCUUUAUUUAUACCAGUUAUUAGUUAUGUAAGUUCUUAUGUCUUUUGCAACAUUCUUGUUAAUUUUAAAACAAGUCUCCAAUACUAAAAUUAUUAUUUUUUAAGUAUUACUGCCCAAUAGUUUGACGAAGUCUAUUGUAACUUAUUAUGUUGCUCAAUGACUAAUCAUCUAGGAUCUUGAAUUUUCUACCUUGUUAUAUUUAGUCAUAGUAGACACACAGGUUUUAUAAUUUGUACCUCACACAUAGUGCAAGAUACAGUAUUGUGAUGAUGACAAGUUAUGUUGGUUGUUAUUGGGAAUAUUUGUGUUGGAUCUCUUGUAGUAAUUAAUUAAAAUGGGUUUUAGGAGAUGUGCAAACUUAUAGUGAUGUAAACUUCCAAAGUUCCUGUAUACAAAGUUAUGCUAGCUACGUACAAAAGGGUGAAUCUACUAUAAACAUGCUACAGGUGGCAAAGAAGAAGCCUUUGCUUCUAAACCUACAUAACAGAAUGCAAACAGUGCUUACAGCUGCAGAACAAGAAAACUAGAUUGCUGAUGUACACCUAUUGUCAACAGUUUUAAUUCCCGAAAAAUGUUUCAAGCAUGUAAAAUUAACUCAAACAUCCUUGUCUGACUUAAAACACUGUAUACUAUUAGAAGAUCACCAUCAAAGGGAAUCAUAGCCGCUUUAAAUCACAAUUCAGGAGAUAAUGUAUGCUAUUAACAUAAUUUUGUUUUAAGGACAAAAUGUAUGAAAUCAGUUGUAUCUAGGUGGAAUCACAGUGUUUAUCUGAGUGGAAUAGACAGAGUCGGAAGCUAAUGAUUUUUAGCUUAACCUUAACGUUAAUUUUCGUCACAGACAAAAAAAACAGAAAGAUGUCUAUUCCCCAACUAGAUUCAUGUUUCUGUGGUUGCAGCUUGAAGGCUGGCUCAAAGAUCAUCGGUUGGAUAUCUAUGAUAGUGAGCAUUUACUUAAUACUAAUCUUUGGGUUGACUCUUUACUUCAUCCAAAUAUAUCCAGAGAGACUUUCUUCUGAUACCAAACUGAUAUAUGAUAACUUACCUGCACUGAGAGACGUUACCAUUAUGAUGAUAAUUCUUCAUGUCACUGGCUGUAUUAUGUCUUUGAUUCUUCUGAUUGGAGUAUAUCAGAAAAAAGCCAAGCUAGUGCUGAUAUGGGUAAUGGUCGCAUUCUCUUGUGCUAUCAUUGGACAACUUUUGAACAUAUAUCAGUUGUUUACUGUAUACGAGGCUGCUAAUAAUGGAAACAUAAUUUGGUUUUUGCUUUACCUAUACUUCAUCCUGGUUGUAUACAGUUUUUACCGUGAGAUCCAGAAUGUCGGCAAUGGUUACUGGAUUAUGGUUACUUAAUUUAUGUAUUCUUAAGCAUUACAUUACAUCAUUACAGGUGAUUUGUCAUGAAACUUAAAAGACAAAUCCUGCUACAUUGAAAUCCUUAAAAUAUAGAUUAAAAUCAAACAACAAUAAAUAUAAUAAAUGAACCAACAAUUUUCAAAUAUGAUACAUUAAAAGUUAUAAAUUAUAUUAAGAGCUAUACAUUCAAUAAUUUUGUUUGUUGAGUAACACUACAAUAGAAAAAUAAAUUAAAAUAUGUCGUAUAUACACGAUAAAUAAAUAGCAAUAAAUACAACAUAUGAAACAGCAAUUGCACAUGUAAGUCUAUUAAUUAUAUUAGUAUAAGACAUUUUCUUAUUGACAUUCUAAAUAUUCUGUUAAAUAAUAAAAUACCUUUUGCUCCAUUGUUGUAGAUUUUUUCUGAAUUUACUUGGACAAGUAAUGUCUCAGAAAUGCACAGGUAAUUUGUAAACUUUUGGCUCCACAUACUGAGGCGAACGUUCAAAGUUAGUCUAUGUUGUACAGGUUUUAUGUUUUGUGUUGUGGCUGUGGACUUGUUGAUUCUUGUUUGGUUCCAUGAAUGUGUAAAGUUUUGAAUUUACUGAACAUGUUAUCUUAGAUAUAUUGGCUGUAAGGUGUUAAAAUGUUUAGAUAGAUAAAACUGGGUUUGCAAUGAGCAUGUGGAGGGUAUGCCUGCUAGAAUUUUCAUAUUCUUUUCACCCCAUACUGAUAAACAAGAAGUAACCUGAUUUUCCUGAUUUUUGAGGAGAAAUAAGUAUGGUAAACAUCAAGUUGAGUUUUUAACAUUGUUUUAUAUUUAAUCAUUUGUAAAGAAAACAUUAUAAUUUUCUAUCCCAGUGCUUGUUAACUUGCAUUGUCGGAUCUCAUGAUUGACACAGUAAAAGGCCUUAGACAAGUAACAUAGAGCACCAAUAGCCCUCUGUAACCCAUCGAAAGCUUCAGAUACACAGUCAAUCAGAUCUGAGAAUGCUCAGUCAGUGCUGACAUUUUUAAGAAAGCCAUAUUGUGAUGGAUAUAAAAAGACAGUUGUACUCUUAAGUACUUAUUCAGUUCAAUUUCUACUACCUUUUUAUAGAUUUUAUAAAAGCUCUGUAGUGUUGCAAUCGGGCGGGCGGUAGCAAGAUGGGUCGUUCACAUUUCCUUUUUUAAAUAAUGAUUGCACUUCAACAUAUUGGGAUUGUUCUAUAAAUAUGCCUUAUACAAGUGAUUGGUUAAUCAAUUUGAAAAGAGGGUCCCCAAAUAUGUGAAACCUUUAAUAAUCAGAAUUGACACACCAUCCCAACCCACAGUUUUUUUUUUUUUAUUUUUUAGAUUGACUAAAACUGUUCUUAACUCCACUAAUGUUAUGUAUGAAAAUUGAAAAGUACUUGGUUGAAAAAAAACUUGGUUUUGUUGACUUAUUGGUUAUUUAUCUUUGUAACAGUAAUGCCAGUAGUUUAAUUUAUCAACUUAUAGUGUUUGGUAGUGGACGUUGACAUCAGUUUCUUUAAUAUAAAUGGGUAUUUAAGGCAUUGAAUGUUUUAAUCUUUCAUUUUCUAUUAUUACCCAUGUAGUUUUGGAUUUGUUUUCACUUGUCAUUAUAAAUCUAUCAUUGCAUUUUUUGCCAGAGUGACAACUGUUUCAAACAUUUUUUAUGCUCUUUGUAAUAAUUUAAAUACUGGAGAUCCUUAUUCCAUUUUGAUUACAAAUGCAACUGCUUUUUGCGUUGGCAGAACUUUUAAUGCCUUGAGUCAUCCAUUUUUGGACUUGCGUUAUUGUUUGUAUUUGUUGGUACUAGUGGAUAAGCUUCAUUGAAAACGCUAAUAAACUUCUUUAAAUUGUUUAAAAUUUCUCAUUUGCAUUUUAUGUUUUGUCAAAAGUAAAAAUAAAAAAAAUUGUUCAAGUAAAAAUUCUAUUUUUUUACAUUGUGUUUAGUAAACUUUCUAAUGUUUUCACUGGUUUUGUAUAUUUCUCAGUGACUCUAACAGUUGACAAAAUCACUAAUAAGAACUUUAUGGUCUGAUAUAUUAACAAUCAGAAGAACCUGAGUACCAAUUAUAUUCGAAACCGUUUUCAUAUUUGUAAAGAUAUUAUCAAUGUAGGUACUGGACUGUGUAGUGACCCGAGUAGGUUCCAAAUAAUUUAUUUUAAACCCAUAAGAAUCACAAAGCUCUAAAAAGUUUUGUGAUGACUGGUAAAUUUGCAUCAUAUUAAUGUUAAUAUCAGAAGCAAUUAUGCUCUUUUUGUAACUUUUCUUAUACAUUUUCAGACUUAUAUAAAAAUAUUUAUCAACUGCAUAACCUGGAAUUCUCUAAAUUGAACAAAAUAUUUUUAUGUUUUGGAAGUGAUCCCUCAAAGCUAUGAACCUCUACGUAUUAUGAAUUCUAGUUCUUUUCUGACUAAUAACCAGGAACGCUCUCGGGCAUUAGCAGACCUAGCUUCCACUUCCAAAUGAUUUUUGUUGUGAAUGUAAUGUAACUUUGUUAUUGUUAAGUUGUUCAGUUAUUAUUAGUUUAUUUUACAUUUAUUAGAGUUAUGAUCUGUUCCUAUUAGAAAUGCUGUGUUCUGAGUUCCUGAAAGCUUUUUGUGUUUAGGACAUUUUUGGCAAGUGUGUAUUUUAAUAUCACCUCACCACAAGUAUGACAUAUAGCAGCGUAGAAAUAGUAAAAUAAAAAAACCAAAAUUAUAUAUAUAUAGAAAUUAUAUAAGAUCAACAACGUGGCUACUUGCAAGCAAAUAUAACAAAGUACAUAGUAAUUGAACCCAAGAUAAUCAAUUUAGACUGCCUCCUUAUAAAUACUGACAGUAGCACUGAUAUUGUAAGCUGUGUGGAUGACAGAUUACGUAAUAAACUAAUGAAGUAUUGAAUCGAAUGAAAAUGAUUGUACCCAAAAGUAGAUUGCACACGUCAUUUAUAUUUUUGGUCUGUUAUUUAUUAAUAUUCUCUGAACUUAAAUCUUACUUUCCUCACAAUCUGUCCCUGUCAAAAAGCCCUUCUUUUUAGUUUUCAUAAUAUUCUUUAUUAUAUUUUGAUUUUAAACUAACUUGCCUUAAAGUUUAAACCUUGUAUUGUGAAUGACUUAUUUUAAUUGAAAGUGUGCUAUACCAGUUUUAUAUAAUAGAAUUUCUUUUUAUUAUGUUUACAUUUUUGUAUUUGCAGAAGUUUUAUUUAUUAUUAACUUAUUGUUAGUGUUUCAUAAAAUUAAAUGCUAAUUAAUUAUUAAAUAUAACUUAUUUUUGUUUUUAAUAUAGUUUGCAUACAAAAACUUUAUACAGAUUUGUAACUAAAAUGCUUUAAUAAAUAAAUUUUAAUUGAAAA